AUGACGCAAAAGAAGAUAUCACCUGCAGUUGUGACUGUAGCUGGAAGUUUGCCUCCGAGCUAUGAAGAGGCCAAUGCUGGGUGUCCCGGUUACUGUUACAGCGAUGGCGCAUUUUUAUGGGAUGAUCAAAACAUCAGACGUGUUUUUGUGCGAAAGGUUUAUUUGAUUGUGAUGCUGCAGCUCUCUGUGACUCUGCUCAUUGUGUCUCUCUUCACCUUUUAUGAACCGGUGAUGUUUUAUAUUCAGACUCAUCCUGCGCUUUACUCCACAUCCAGCCUCCUGUUUCUUGUCACCUAUUUGAUGUUGGCUUGCUGUGGAGAUUUAAGGAGGCAGUUUCCCUGGAAUCUCAUUCUGCUCUCUGUCUUUACCCUGUGCAUGGCUUUCAUGCUGGGUUUUGUUUCCAGCCACUACAACACGAGGUCUGUGAUCGUGUGUCUCGGCGUCACGGCUGUGGUGUGUGUGUGUGUCACCGUCUUCAGCUUCCAGACGAAGGUCGAUGUGACGUCGUUUCAGGGCCUCCUGCUGAACCUCUGCCUCGUGCUGCUCAUCUGUUCCAUCGUCGUGGGAUUUAUCGUCCCUUUUGGAUUCGUUCCGUGGUUGCACACACUCUACGGGAUUUUGGGUGCCGUCACUUUCACCAUGUUUUUGGCGUUUGACACUCAGCUGUUGAUGGGGAACAGACAGUACACUGUGAGUCCUGAGGAGUAUGUCUUCGCUGCUCUCACUCUUUACCUCGACAUCAUUUAUAUUUUCACUCACAUUUUACAACUGUUCAGUGACGGCUACGAAUAAAUCAAAUAAAAAAUAAUAAA